GCCCAUUCUAGGUGUGGCUCAGCUACUAUAAAUGCACAUCGAAAAGCUGCUUCUCAAGUCUACUUUCCGUCCGUUCUGCUGCAGUAACAGUAUCGCUGACCAGCUGUGAAAAUGUCCCUCAUCAGAGAGUUUCUACAGCAGACCGUAUAUUUGGGGAGCCUCACUGACUCGAGCUAUCAAGGCACGGUGACACCUUACCCCCAGUUUAGUGCCAGCAGUGAUGCUUCUGUUCUGGACAAGGCCAUCAAGACCAAAGGAGUGGAUGAGACCACAAUCAUUGAUGUCUUGGUGAAGAGGAGCAAUGCUCAGCGCCAGCAGAUUAAGGCAGCCUACCAGCAGGCUACUGGAAAGCCUUUGGAUGUUGCCUUAAAGGCAGCUCUUAAGGGGAAUCUGGAGGAUGUGGUACUGGCCUUGCUGAUGACCCCAGCAAAGUAUGAUGCCCAGCAGCUGAAACUAGCCAUGAAGGGACUUGGUACAAAUGAGGACACUCUGAUUGAAAUUUUGGCCUCUAGGACCAACAAGGAAAUUAAAGAAAUAAAGAAGGUCUACAAGGAAGAAUACAAAAAAGAACUAGAAGAUGAUAUCAAAUCCGACACAAGUGGUGACUUCAGAGCAGCUCUGCUUUCCCUUUGCAAGGCUGCCAGGAGCGAGGAUCCAAUGGUGAACGAGGAACUUGCCGAUCGUGACGCAAGAGCCUUGUAUGAAGCUGGUGAGAAAAGGAAAGGCACGGACUGCGCUGUCUUCAUUGACAUUCUCACCACCAGAAAUGCCCAAUACCUGUGCAAAGUGUUUGAGAAGUACUCGAAGUACAGCAAAGUGGAUGUGACCAAAGCCAUUGACCUGGAGCUCAAGGGUGACAUUGAGAAUUGCCUUACAGCUGUUGUAAAAUGUGCUGGGAACAAGCCAGCAUUCUUUGCUGAGCAACUCUACCUGUCUAUGAAGGGAUCCGGCACAAGGGAAAAAAUCCUGACAAGAAUCAUGGUGAGCCGUUCUGAGUUGGACCUAAAAAAAAUUAAGGAAGAAUACAAAAAGAAGUACGGAAAGACCCUGUAUCAGGAUAUUUUGGAUGACACCCAAGGGGAUUAUGAGAAAAUCUUACUGGCUCUUUGUGGAAGUGAGAACUGAUCCACUUCUGUUUGAGGAUGGAAGCAAUUAUAUAGCUAAAUAUUCUGCUUCUUAGCCAAUGAAGUUUACUUCUGUAGUAGAAAAGCCAGAAUGGCUGAAGUGCUUCUGUGCAAAUGUUCAUUAAUGGCUCAUUGUAUGUUCCUUAAACAUUUUAAUCUUUAUUUUAUAAAGUGGUGGUUUUGGAAUAAAGUGAAUUUGGAAGCAUUGCAGUGUUCAGAAAUUUCAGUAUUCAUGUGCAGCUAACUGCAAGUGCAUGCAUUGAUCAUAUUAAAACAAAUAAAAACUGAAGUAGCAAAAGA